UGUGCCAAAUAUCCAACCUGACCCUCCCCUGGCAUGACUUAGGGGCCAUUGCCUCUUGUCCUAUCGCUGUUAUCUGGGAAAAGGGGCCAACUCCCAGUGGAGCAUAGGAAAGGAGGAUCCGCUGCAUUCAUUGACACAUCUCCCUGAGCUUUACCCCUCGUUUGUUCCUGUGCUGAGUCUUUGUGUCUAGGAGGAGGACAAUCUCAAACUGAGACCCAAAAGCCCAGCUGAGCCUUUUCCAUUUGUGACUGCAGGGAUGAGCUCUGAGGUUUGAUGGUGUCACUUCAGAUUGGGCUUUGUUAAAUAGGAGCCCCUGACCUGGCGGUUUGCUCUGUUUUCUUACAUUAGACAAGGAAUAUGCCCAGUAGGAGAGCAGAGAGAGGACAUGCUCUGUCAAGAGCUGAGAUGGUUUCGCUUCCCUUUGCUUUAAUGACACAAUUUCUCACUUCUCUUCAGCAGAACAGCAGCUGGAAAGGACUGCGGAGGGGAGCUGGGGUCGUGCCAGUGUGCAUUGCUGGGUGAUGUCAUGAAGUCCCUCACCAGUACCUCCUCCUUUGGGUGAAUUCAGAGCUUCUGGUUGUGACAAGUUUAUGCCAAAACUGUGGGUAAAUGUGCUGGGGUAGUGCCACAGAGAUCAGUGCCAGCUGAGAUCAGUGUGUCCACAUCGUGCAGCCCUAUGAGGAAGCGUGGGCAACGUGCAAGCAAACAGCAAACCGUGGGUGUAAGCAGCUCACUUGCAAGGCCUGCAGCUCCUGCAGAGAUCUGAGGGGAAGGGUCAGCAGUUCUCCCUUCUCGCUGCUCCCACAGGUGCGCUGUGAGCAGUUCUGCAGAGCAUCCACAUCAGCACUCAGGUCUGCGGUGCUGAGCCCUCGUGCUGGCCGCUGGGGAAGCAUGGGGGAAACGAGGUGGCUUCUGUGGCUCUCUGCUCCCUGGCCCACUUCCUCCUUGCUUAUGUUGGUGGAGGUGGGAGACGGAAGAGUGCAGACCGCAGUGCUGGAGCCAGUCCAGGCAUGGGUGUGGGAGCUGGGAAGUGGAUGUGGCCAGGCUGCUGACCAGCACCCCUCUUUCCCUUCCUGCCCACCCCACGCUUCCAGAAAUGGCCUUUUGCUUUCUACUGAGACCUAUUUCUGCCUUCCCUCUGGGCCCUGGGUUAAAUGAAGGAUCCUCUCUCACAGUCACUCUGCUUUGGAGGCCAUGUCCUCAGCCAAACAGCCUCUGUUUCCCAACCUGAAAGUUUUGUGCUCGCAGCUGCUCAUGCUGGUGGCUUGCCUGGUUCCCUUUGGGCUGCUGCUCACUCUGCUGGGCUGUUUCCUUCCACCUCCCCGAGGUGACUGCAGCUGUUGGUGUGAGAACCUGCGAAGGCGAAUGAGCCAGCAAGCUCCAUACUCCACUCUGAGCAGUCUGCCCUGCGAAGCAAUACUCAGCAUUUUAAGCUUCUCCAGAUUCCGUCUUUCCAAGGAUGAUGUGUGGUGAGGACGCCGCGGGACCUCCCAGCCCCGAGGCCACCCCCUGCCAACUCCUGCCCUUCUCCCUCUGGUGAGCGUCCUUGUGAUGGGCUGGGGACCAGGAGAGGUCUGCUGGUGCUGGUAACCUUGAGUAACACCCUGGGAAUUUUGCCACACUGCGGAGUUUCUGACAUCUGCUCUGGUUCGCUUGAACGCUGAGUGCUUCUCUCUUUUCCUUCUUGAUUUUUAGACUUCAAACUUCCUUGAAAAUGCAGGAAAUGAAACCAUGGGGCCUUUUCUGUGAGUGAUGUGGGAGCAUCGAGCCUCCUUCCAGAGAAGAAAUGAAAUUCAGGGUAAAAGCAAAAAAGAAAAAUCUCCCAGGUCAUGUAUGCUGGCUGUAGGAGUGUGGGAGCUGCUGUGAGCAGAUGUCCAACGGGUUGGGGUCACCCAGACAGCAGCGUCUCUGGGAGGGGGAUUGAGGAGGUUCACAGUGGGAAAGGAGUGGGAAAGGAGGGCAGGAGCUGUCCAGCACAGCUUCACAUUGACUUCCACGUUGGCUGGGAGCUUCCUGCAUUGGGAUGGCGCGGACCUGCACCCAGGUGCUGCGUUUGCCCAAAUCCUGAGCAGUCACAGAGGACCCUGAGCAUCCCAGUCUCACCCGGGCACUGCAGGAGGCUGGGUGUUGCUGUCCUGAGGCAGACUCCACAGCAUCUGGGAGCCUGGGUUGGGAAUGCUGAGAACGGUAUUGGUCCCUUUCUUUUUCUUCCCCUGCAGGAAAUGUGGUGAGGUUGAACUCAACCACCACGAGCAGCCUCAGGCUGGUCCCGCUGAGCUCUGGGGCCCUGCCCACAGCCCCCACCCCGUGGUUCCUCCUUGCAGCUGGGGCUGCCUGCGGGUGCACGACCCAGGGUGUGAACGCCUCGCCGCGCUCUCUGCCUCCAUGUGACUGCAGUUUCCGUUCGCUCCUUCCGCAAAGCCCAUCUUAGCGCUCAGCAGAAAGUGGGUGGGAGAACACCUUGUUGGUUUGCAUCCGGCCCCCACAGAACCCCCCAGUGCAGUGGAGGGGCUGCGGGCCGCAGGAUGAGCUGCUGCAGGCCCCGCGCGCUGCUACGGGAGAAGAGCUUCUGCUGAGAUGGAGGCCCCGCUGCCUGUUCUCUCCCUGCUCCUGGUCCUUCUGGCAGUAGGAUGGGGAGAUGGGGCGGGCGCAGCGUGGGCCAUGUCUCCUGGUGGUUGUGAGCAUGUGCAGAGCACUGCAGACUGCAGGAGAAAAUGGUUGAGAUCCGUCCCUAGAAAUCUGCAAGGUGACAUUGAAGAGCUGUUGCUGGAUGACAACACUAUCCAGGUCCUGGGCCGUGCCUCUCUGCUCUCAUACCACCAGCUGAAGCACCUCAGCCUGACCAAAAACCGAAUGGAGCUCAUCGAGCCUGGUGCCUUCCUGGGCAGCCAGGGCCUCCACGCACUAUCCUUGGCAGACAACCUUCUCUUCACCAACUACUCAAUAACAGCAGCUGCUCUUUCUGCUUUGCCAGCCUUGAGGACGCUUGAUCUAGCUGGAAAUCAGCUCACUGAGGGCAUGGUAUCUGUUUUGCUCAGCAACUUGUCUUCCUUGGAGUCCUUGUCUGUGGCUAGGAAUGUCAUCAUGAGACUGGACUCUUCUGUCUUCACCAACCUGACGCAGCUCUUGGAGCUGAACCUGGAGAAGAACUACAUCUUUGAGAUUGACCAAGCUUUUGAAGGGCUGCAGAGGCUGCAGAGGCUCAACAUCGCUUACAACUACAUGACAUGCAUUGUGGACUUCAACCUGAUCCAGCUCCGGGUGCUCAAUGUCAGCUACAAUAUCAUCGAGUGGUUUCUGGCCCUGGAAAGUGACGACCUCUUUGAGCUGGAGGUGCUGGACCUAUCCCACAACCAGCUCCUUUUUUUCCCCGUGCUGCCCCGGCAGAGCAAGCUGCACUCUUUGCUGCUGAAGGACAACAAGAUGAGCUUUUACCAGCUUCUCCCCAACGGCACGUCCCUGGAGAAUGUCACCGUGCAGUUCCUGCUUAUCGAUGGCAACUCCACCAACAUCACGACAGUCAAGCUGUGGGAUGAGGUCUGCUACAGCAACCUCUCCUCCUUGCGCCUCCUGGACAUGAGCCAGAACCAAUUCUGGUACCUGCCGGAGGGUUUCCUGGCCAAGAUGCCCGCUCUGACCCACCUGAAGCUCAACCAGAACUGUCUGGAGACCUUCCACCUGUCGGAGUGGGACCCCUUGGCCUUGCUGACAGAUCUGGACCUCAGCCAGAACCUGCUGACAGAGCUGUGGGAGGAUGUGGGCGCUGGGCCCGCCCUGCCCAACCUGCAGCUCUUCAACCUCAGCACCAACAUGCUGCGGGCGCUUCCUGCCGGCAUCUUCACUCACACAAAGCAGAUCACUACAGUUGACCUCAGCUACAACCGCCUCGACCUGUGUCCCCAGCCGGCUGUUUUGGGCCGGAGCGCUCCCUGUGUGGACAUCAGGGGCCUUGCCACCCUGACCCGCCUCUCCUUGGCCGGCUGUGGUCUGCGGGACCUGGGCGGCCACCCCUUUCGAGGGACGGCCCUGACUCAUCUGGACCUCUCUGACAACCGGGAGGCUCUGUCAGGGGACCUGGGGUGGCUGCGGGACCUGGCUGCGACGCUGCAGGUGCUGUCCCUCCGCAACACCAACCUCUCCUCCACCUCGGCGGACUUCUCUGCCCUCCAGAGCCUGGUGGGACUGGACCUGUCAGGGAACACCCUGACCGCCCUCCCCACCUCGCUGGGCGCACUGAAGCUACGCAGCCUCGACCUGCGGGACAACAGCCUGACGGCUCUGCCCGCGGACGUGGCAUGGAGGCCGCUGGGGAGGAGCCUGCAGGAGCUCUACCUCAGCCGUAACCCCUAUAACUGCUGCACGCUGGGCUGGUGGAAGGCCCUGCAGAGCAUGGAGCACCUACUUGUCCCCGACAAGCAUGAGGUGACCUGCAACUACGACUCGCAGCGGCUGAAUGCUUGGGUGCUGCCCGAGCCCGUCCUGCGGGACUGCCGCUGGCGGACGGCCGACAUGGCCCUGCUCUACCUGGUGCUUACCCUGCCCACCUGCCUGACGCUGCUGGUGGCCUUCACUGUGGUCUUCCUCAUGCUGAAGCCAAAGCUGCUGAAAAUGGUGAAGAGGCGGUGCGGGGUGUCCAGCCCGUACUGAUGGCUGAGGAGGAGGCAGGGCCUUCUUGGGAGUGAAGGUGAGCAAGCAGGUGGGGGAUUGAGAACUUGCAUCCAUCUGGUGGCCCAGAAGUGGCGUUUUGGGCUGUCUGGGUGCUUGCUUUUAUUUAUUCACACCGCUGUGGUCACCCUCCAUACGUAACCACAGAGAUGUGCCCAGAGGCCAACACCACAAAACUGGCACUUGUGCAGGUGAACUUCCAUGGUGAAUGUUUCACAUCUGUGUGUUUCAAAGGGCAAGGGCUGCAAUCCCCAUGUGAAAAGGUGAAACAGAGAAGAGUGGCAGAUCUAUUUCACUGGAUCUGUCAGUGAAAUUUCAGCCUUAGGGUAAACCACUAAGAACAGAAGGACUGGGACAGUGACCGUUCCCCCAGCAGCACAGUCCCUGUCCCACACUGCACUGGUGGUGGCACCACUGCUGGCAGUGCCUGCUGUGCCAGUGAGACAGAACCUCAAACCUCAGUGAUGAACAGUAUUGGCCGAAAGACACAAGAAUAAAUUAUAUUUCUGGUAACGUUGUUUCAUCUGUUUAUCUCUCCUGGUUGCCGUGUGCUUUGCGAUUGAACGGGGCAAGCUCUGAGCGUGGAGCUGCAGAAGGGGAUGCUGCAGAAGCAGAGCCAGGCACAGCACCAGGAAGAUUUGGAGAAGGCUAUCACAUCCACCCUUGCACGUGGCCAUUUUUUUGGCCCUAUUUCAGAUAGAAAUAGCCAAAAGAAGAUCAGGUGCCGGCUAGGGGAUCCUUCAGCCUAUUUCAGCCACUCUUCUGCUCCUGAGCAGCUCACCCAAGAGACAGUAGAGAUCUACAGUGACAGCCCUGGGAUGUCCUCCAGCUGCUCCCACUGGUUCCAGGCACUACAGCCAUGUUUUGGUAUCUCUCUGCCAGCUCUGGCCUUGGUAUAUGGAUGCAGAUGUGCACCAUCCUCACCUCUAUUCUUGCAGGCAGGUGAGGUUGUCAUGGUCUGGAUAGCGGGCAAGCAGGACACAAAAUCGGUGGGAUGAGCAGACACAGAGGGUAGCUGAGAUUUGGCAAUAUUCAUGCAAAAAGCCACUGCAAAAAUCUGGUUUUAACAAAUCAGCAUCCUCAGGCAGUGGGAGAUGCCUGCAUUGCUCAAGAUGCAAAACAUGGAGGGUGAGAACAUGGGCUGUGCAGCCUUAAUAAAUGAGUAUGCCGGAGGAAGUGUGCACAGCAAUGAUGAAAUGCAGAGUUUUGAUGACAAGCAAAAUUAAAACCCACUUCACAAAAAAAGCAACCUUGACCCAAGAAGAAAGCAGGGUGAAAUGUCCCUCAGCAUGC